AUGGGGAUCCAAACCGACUCUUCCGUAAUCGAUAGCUUCUUUUCGCUGCCCUUUCCUUUGAUGAUCGCUUCGUUACUUAUCGUUGGUAUUGUGUCCCGUCUUCUAUGGAAUAGAUUCAGGAAAGAUUUGCGUGACAUCCCAGGACCGAAGGUUGCCGCGUAUACGGGUCUUUGGCGCUUGCUCGAUAUACGGACCGGCCAAGCCCACAAGAAUGCUAUUAAAUUGCAUAAGAAAUACGUCCCACUCGUCCGAAUUGGCCCAAACCAUGUCUCCAUCACUGAUACGCGUCAGAUUGACCAUAUCUAUGGGAUGAAGUCUAAGUACACUAAGGGCAAAGCUGAGCCGCACGUGUUUACCAUGCGAGACCCAACUGUCCACCGGGAGUCGAAGAAGACCCUCGCCAACGCUUACAGUCCGACAUCGCUCCUAGCAUAUGAACUUGCUGUAGACGAGUGUAUAAACCUGUUAUUAUAUCAGAUCGAAAAGCUCGCAAGCGAGAAGAAACCAGUUGAUCUAGGUGCGUGGAUGUCAUACUGCACUUUCGACGUUAUUGGUCAAUUAUCGUUCUCGAGGAUGUUUGGAUUCCUCGAGAAGGGUUGCGAUGUGGAUAAGAUAAUAGAGACAAUUGAUAUUGUUUUAACAUAUGCUAGCCACUGUGGUCAACUCCCUGAAUUACAUAAGUUUCUCCUGGGGAAUCCGCUUCUCCCUGGAGGAGCGAUGAACCAAGUGGUCGAGUUUGCUUUGAAAUCUGUCAAUAAAGCGGCUGGUCGGCAUACAUCAUUAAGGAAGAAAGGGGAGCUGGAUGCUUUGGACAUUGAGAGUAGAGGCGAUAUGUUAACCAAGUGGUACGCCCUGAAUCAAAAUGGCUCUCAAUGGAUGACCACUAAGCAUCUUGUCGCACACCUGAGCGCAAAUGUUUAUGGGGGUUCUGAUACUAUAUUCAUUGUCCUGCGGUUUAUCUUUUACUACCUGGGCAAGAAUGGGGACAAGAUGCGGAAACUGGUGGAUGAGAUUGACGGCGCGGCGGUUGCUGUAAAAUUUAGCCAACCGGUCUCGUUCAAAGAAGCUAACACGCAUCUCCCAUAUCUAAAUGCGGUAAUUAAAGAGGACAUACGAAUCCACCCGUCUACCAGUCUCAUAUUCGAGCGCUACGCUGUCGUUGGAAUCAACCCAUGGGUCACGUACUUCAUCCCAGAGCGGUGGCUCGACUCAACUGAGGAGCAGCUGAAGCGAAUGGAACAGUCCUUUUUUAAUUUCAGUGCAGGCUCCAGCACGUGCCUUGGGCGACAUAUCGCCAUGAUAGAGAUGUCGAAAAUGAUACCGGAGCUGCUACGUCGGUUCGAGUUGACCCUGACGUAUCCUGACCGCGAGUGGAAGACUAAGAAUGUAUGGCUUGUGAAACAAGAGGGGUUGAUUUGUAGCAUAACGAAGAGACCAUGA